AUGAAGCUUUCCUCCGCUUGUGCUAUUGCCUUGCUGGCUGCACAGGCUGCUGGGGCAUCUAUUAAGCAUCGAAUCAAUGGCUUUACCCUUACUGAGCAUUCUGACCCGGCAAAGCGGGAACUGUUGCAGAAAUACGUCACUUGGGAUGACAAAUCUCUCUUUAUCAAUGGCGAAAGAAUUAUGAUCUUCAGUGGCGAAUUCCACCCAUUCCGUCUACCAGUAAAAGAACUCCAGCUUGACAUCUUCCAAAAGGUCAAAGCUCUAGGAUUCAACUGCGUAUCCUUUUAUGUCGACUGGGCCCUUGUUGAAGGAAAGCCGGGGGAAUACCGAGCAGACGGCAUCUUUGAUUUGGAGCCUUUCUUCGACGCGGCUUCGGAAGCAGGUAUCUAUCUGCUUGCCCGUCCAGGCCCGUACAUCAACGCAGAGAGCUCCGGCGGUGGAUUUCCGGGGUGGUUGCAGAGAGUCAAUGGCACUCUUCGCUCAAGCGACAAGGCUUACCUGGAUGCUACUGAUAACUACGUUUCUCACGUUGCUGCAACAAUUGCCAAAUACCAAAUCACUAAUGGCGGUCCGAUCAUCCUGUAUCAGCCCGAAAAUGAGUACACCAGUGGCUGCUGCGGUGUCGAGUUCCCUGAUCCAGUGUACAUGCAAUAUGUUGAAGACCAGGCUCGUAACGCCGGCGUCGUCAUUCCAUUGAUCAAUAACGAUGCCUCGGCUUCCGGGAACAAUGCUCCUGGCACUGGAAAGGGAGCAGCGAACCCUACGGUAUGGCCCUCGGGUGACCUACCUACCAAUUUCCGUACCCUUCAUCUUGAGCAAAGCCCGACGACACCAUAUGCGAUAGUCGAGUUCCAAGGUGGUUCGUACGAUCCUUGGGGAGGACCGGGAUUCGCUGCGUGCUCCGAACUCCUGAACAAUGAGUUCGAGAGAGUGUUCUAUAAGAACGACUUUAGCUUCCAGAUCGCCAUUAUGAACCUGUACAUGAUCUUUGGUGGAACUAACUGGGGUAAUCUCGGUUAUCCUAACGGAUACACCUCUUACGACUAUGGCUCGGCUGUGACAGAAUCUCGCAACAUCACCCGCGAGAAAUACAGUGAACUUAAGCUUCUUGGCAACUUUGCCAAAGUAUCUCCAGGUUAUUUGACGGCUAGUCCUGGAAAUCUGACAACUUCCGGUUACGCUGAUACCGCAGACCUGACUGUAACACCUUUGCUCGGAAACAGUACUGGCUCUUUCUUCGUGGUCAGACAUUCGGACUACAGCAGCGAAGAGUCAACAUCAUACAAGCUUCGUCUUCCUACCAGUGCCGGUAGCGUGACUAUCCCUCAGCUUGGUGGUACGCUCACACUUAAUGGGCGCGAUUCAAAGAUACACGUGACCGACUACAAUGUCUCUGGAACUAAUAUCAUCUACUCCACGGCCGAGGUCUUUACCUGGAAGAAGUUCGCUGACGGAAAGGUCCUCGUGCUCUACGGAGGUGCCGGUGAGCACCACGAACUUGCCAUUUCAACCAAGUCGAAUGUCACGGUGAUCGAAGGAUCCGAGUCUGGUAUCUCGUCAAAGCAGACCUCUUCGUCAGUUGUGGUCGGCUGGGAUGUGUCGACCACUCGCCGUAUCAUCCAAGUUGGGGACCUGAAAGUUCUUCUCCUUGACAGGAACUCUGCCUAUAACUAUUGGGUGCCUCAACUUGCCACAGACGGCACUUCACCAGGCUUCAGCACCCCGGAGAAGGUCGCCUCAUCCAUCAUUGUCAAAGCGGGCUACCUUGUUCGAACUGCUUACCUGAAGGGCAGCGGUCUCUACCUCACCGCAGACUUCAACGCUACCACUUCUGUUGAAGUCAUCGGUGUCCCCUCUACCGCUAAGAAUCUGUUCAUUAAUGGAGAUAAGACAUCGCACACCGUUGACAAGAACGGCAUCUGGUCGGCUACAGUCAACUACAAUGCCCCUGAUAUCUCGCUUCCCAGCCUGAAGGACUUGGACUGGAAGUAUGUGGACACUCUUCCUGAGAUCCAGUCUUCCUACGAUGAUUCUCUCUGGCCCGCCGCGGAUCUCAAGCAGACAAAGAACACGCUUCGUUCUCUGACUACCCCUACCUCUCUGUAUUCAUCCGAUUAUGGCUUCCACACCGGAUAUCUGCUUUACCGCGGACAUUUCACCGCCACGGGCAACGAGAGCACCUUUGCUAUCGAUACGCAAGGUGGAUCAGCAUUCGGAAGCUCUGUCUGGCUGAACGGAACAUACCUCGGGUCCUGGACUGGUCUUUAUGUGAACUCGGACUACAAUGCCACCUACAACCUGCCUCAGCUCCAGGCAGGCAAGACGUAUGUGAUCACCGUUGUGAUCGACAACAUGGGCCUUGAGGAGAACUGGACUGUUGGUGAAGAUGAGAUGAAGACCCCGCGUGGUAUUCUCAACUUCCUGCUGGCCGGGCGGCCGAGCAGCGCAAUUAGCUGGAAGUUGACCGGAAACCUUGGCGGCGAGGACUACGAAGACAAGGUUCGAGGUCCUCUGAACGAGGGUGGUCUCUACGCUGAGCGCCAAGGAUAUCACCAGCCCGAGCCUCCCAGCCAGAACUGGAAGUCUUCCAGCCCUCUGGAGGGUCUCUCCGAGGCAGGCAUCGGUUUCUACAGCGCCAGUUUUGACCUUGACCUGCCGAAGGGAUGGGAUGUCCCACUGUUCCUCAACAUCGGUAACAGCACUACGCCAUCCCCGUACCGCGUGCAGGUCUACGUCAACGGAUACCAGUAUGCGAAAUACAUAAGCAACAUCGGACCUCAGACCAGCUUCCCUGUCCCUGAGGGAAUUCUGAACUAUCGUGGAACGAACUGGUUGGCAGUGACCCUGUGGGCUCUCGACUCUGCCGGCGGCAAGUUGGAAAGCUUGGAGUUGAGUUACACCACUCCGGUGCUGACUGCCCUUGGCGAGGUCGAGUCGGUUGACCAGCCCAAGUACAAGAAGCGGAAGGGUGCAUACUAGGUUCUGUAAAUAGCCCAUUUAUCCAGUUUGAUCCUAUCAUAGGUUAGCCACAUAGCCUCCCGUCGGCCUGGUCAAAUGGCCGGGGGAGCUGAGAAGUUAACUAUAUUGAGAUGCUACAAAAUGACAAUUUCUGAGUAAC